AUGGCGCUGACGAACGUAUUGCUCCUGAGUCAGAUCGCAGGAUACGUGAUCGGCCUCAUCCUGUCUCUAUGCAUCAUUGUACCGAUGAGCAUGCAUCAGGAUGAAUUCAGUGGGCACUGUUUGCUGUUCUCCAAGGGUACCUGGCAGGAGGAGGACGGCCAGUUGUUGGUGGCCUGGGGUUCCCGAGCAUACUGCACCUACGUCAUAGCAGUGGGUGUACUUAUGUUCAUUGUGUGCUGUGUGCAGAUAUACAGGCUCUCCAUGUUUAUGUAUCGUGGUACAGACAGUUCCUUCCUGUCUGCCUUCAUGGAGGCGGUGGGUUGUGCCGUCCUCUGUGCUUUAGCUGUGUCGGCUGCCUCAAUGGUCACACUUGGAUUCAUCACCUGGUGUCAGAACAUUGUUGAGCGAUUUCCAAGCUGUGAGGAUGCGACUGGUCAAGACAUAGAUAAGAAAGACAAGAUAUCUACUCAUGGCUUCUACAUAGAAUUGGGAACUGCACAGUUCGGUGCGUGGGGCGCGUUCGCCACGUGGGUUGGUCUGGCUGUGUUCUCGACGCUCAAGCUGUGUCGCUACCACCAGCUGCAGAACAUCCAGGUGUCCAUGUAUCGUGAGAGACAGCGGCUCGUCAACGAGGGCUCCACACCACCUCGCACUCCCGUGUUGAAUAGAGAGUGA